UAAAGAUUGUUUAAAGAUUCAGUGAAAAAUAUGCAAGUGUUGAAAAAUUCCAGCGACACAUGUCUAUGCAUAUUCAAAUUUCCCAUAAAAAUUACAUUAAAAAUCUUCUUUAACACUAGCCCAUUAACUGACUAUAAAUACUGUGGUAUUCCCGUCAGGAGCUCAAAAACGUUGACAAUCUAUUAAGUGAUACUCGUCUUCUAAAAUGUCCUCACUAUUAAUUUGUUCAUGGCUCAUUUUCACGUCAAUUUUUCAGUAUGGAGAUGCUAUAUAUAGAGGAAUGCCAGUUACAUCCGGUUUUUACUAUAUGGUCAGGAUAAAAGGAAUCAUGCCUGAGUGUUCAGGUACCAUUAUAAGUAACGUGCACAUCCUUACAAGUGCUCAAUGUGUUUAUAAUAAAACACGCAACAAUCUACUGAUCAUUCAUGAUAGAGAUCCUAUGCAUGUACAACAUAGGCAUGUUAGGGCAAUUUUUUUACAUCCACUUUACAAUCACCGGCAUCGGGGCAUUUACACGUAUGCUACUACAUAUAACGAUAUUGCAGUUCUUAAGCGCGUGAGGAUAACAAACCGAGCCGAAGAGAAAUCGUAGUAUAUUAGAACAGGAGAUCUCGAAAAAAAAUCGAAGAUAAUUGAUAAACAAUUGUGUUAUGAUUAUCCACGUGAGGUAUAAAUAGUGAAAUUUUGUUCAUUUGGUCAGCACAAUCCACAACGAAUUUGAUUAAAUCUUUA